AUGCGCUCUGUACAUGCCAGCACAGCUGCCCUCUCCACGACCAAGGCCCUCUCCAAACUCCUCAAUCGCCUGCAUGCGAGCCGCAAACCGCCACCCUUUGCCUACCACGCCGUCGAGUCUUUGACCUGCACACUCGAAACUGUGCUGCAGACGCUGCCACCUGCACAUCAACAGAUAGCACUGGCCAGUGGACAACCGCCACUCUGCCAGGGCCCUCGCGGUUCGUACCACCCAGCGCACCGCCUUUCAGUACUGGGCGUACUGGCCUCACACUCCCUCCCUCCCUCUCUGCACUCACUGACAGCCAUGAGCAGACACCAGCAUACGGCUUGCGCAAACACCCUCGAUCGCCGCCUCCCAGCAGCUACGACCCAUGCGCCUAGCCCGUCGCUUCCAUUGACACCGCAAACUCCCGCGUCGUACCGCUUGCUUGGACAAACAUUCACCUGCCCGCACAUCGACAAGUGGCUCCUGGAAACACCGACCGAGUUGUGUAAAAACCCGUCGCAGAAGACGCUGAGGAAAAUGCCCAAGUCGUCGACGCUAUCGCUGGCCAUGAGGGGCAAGGCAGCCAAGGACAACCACAAUGCGCCAAUGAGUCCCAAGAGCCCCAGGUCUCCCAACAUACCCGAAGAGUCCGACUUCGCGAUGCCACAUGCUGCUUUCCACAGAAUGCCGCAGUCUCCAGCAUCGCCAAAGCCCCGCAAAGACUCCAAGAGCAUCUUCUCUAAUUUUGCAGCCUCGAGGUCUUCGUCCCGACUGAACGGCCAAGAGAAUGCGAACCGCCAGCCUACUGAACAGCAGCAACAGCAACAGCAACAGCAACAGCAACAACAUCAACAGCAACAACAAUCCCCUGGCCUUUAUUCUAAUGGACGGAGUGGCUCUUCAACACCAGACCUUGGGCGUCCUGUGCGGACUCCCAACUCCGAUGACAACCGCUCCGAGAUUGUCCGUCUAGAUCAGCGAACUGGCUCAGGCCUGUCCAGCGACCCUUCUGAAGAACACGGGGAUCGUUCCAAACACAACGCGGCCAAGACGAAGAAGACAGGGCUAUUGUCAAGGUCCAAGUCGAUCAAAGGAGAAGAGGCAUCCAACACCCGGACGAAGCUAAACAAGCCUCCGCCAGCACAACUCUCGCCCGAGAUUGCCAGUUCUUGGGCAAACAGCGGUGACGGAACGCAGCCUAGGACUGCGCCUAUGGAGAAGGGCCAAUCAUGGCGGCAGAACAUGGGCAUUGGCAAGCUGCGCACUCAUUCUGCGGAUCGACAGGACGGAACCAAACAUGUGCAACGAGAGGAUGAUCACGGAUCAAGAAAAGACAGAGCCGAGCAGUUGUCCCUUGCUUCGAGUUCAUAUAACGACAAGAGCCCCGGGUUGAUCUCUAGCUUGGGCUCGGGCGCACGCAAGAUGGGAGAAAAGAUGGACUCUGCACGGAAGGGUGUAUUUGGAAAACUAGGCCGCAGCUCCAGCAACCAUGAGAGUCAGACACCGAUUUCAAACGAACCCUAUGUAUGCAAAAUCAUACAUAAACCUCUGAUUGAGCAGACGAGAUUGACUCGGAUCUCGACACGUUUGGAACAGUCACGUGAUAAGACUGAAUUCUGGAUGCCUGCCCUUCCUUGGCGUUGCAUAGACUACCUGAAUAUGAGAGGCUGUGAAGAAGAGGGGCUGUAUCGGGUGCCAGGUUCGGCGCAGCAGGUUCGUUACUAUGAACGAAAGUUCGAUGAGGACCGGGACAUUGAUCUCAUCAGCGAUCCGAACCUCAACGAUCCCAACGUGAUUGGCUCCCUGUUCAAGAACUGGCUUCGUCAAUUACCGGACGAGAUUUUCCCGAAGUCUAUCCAGGCCGCGAUUCAACAAGAGUGUGCGGGGGCAAAGAGCACACCGCAAAUGCUCAAGGAUGAGCUCUCGAAGCUGCCCCCAUUCAACUACUACCUGCUGUUUGCAAUCACAUGCCACAUCAGUCUGUUGCACUCGUGCUCAGAGUUCAACAAGAUGAACUACAACAAUUUGUGCAUUUGCUUUCAGCCUGCCAUCAAGAUUGACGCAUUCUGCUUUCAGUUCUUGAUUCUUGACUGGCGCAAUUGCUGGCAGGGAUGCUGGACUGAGAAGGACUUCCUCACCGACGAGCUCAACUUUCUGAGUAGCAUUGAAAUGGAGAAGCAGCAACUACAGGAAGAGCAAGAACAAGAGGAGCAGCAGCAGCAACACCAACACCAACAAAGACCACCGCAGAAACAGCAACAACAGCAACAGCGUCCCUCUACCGUGAAUGGUCCUGCUCAGACAAGCAAGAACAAGAGCUCCCAGCAAUCUUCCCAUGCUGGACAGCCUGUGAAGCCGACAUCCACUCGUAGCAACUCGACCGAUCACAUCAAGUCAUCGAUGCGCACUCGGUCCAUGGACACGAACGGUCGUGCUACCCCGCCAAACGUUUCGGGAGCCAUGUCUGAGACGAGCCUGGCUUCUGCUCUUCGAACACGAGGUGGAUACGGAGACUCUUCUCCAGAACGCUAUGCACCGAGCUCGGACAGUCGAGAUGGGCAUGGGUUUCGAGAGGGUCCCCAGCGUGGGCUGCCACCCGUGACAACCGAGUUACCGGCAGAUGUGGAUGAUGGGGCUACGCCUACGCAAGCGCAACAUGGCCGUGGGCUGUCCGAAUCGACACAGUUUCGGCUAGACCUACGCGAUCCUCCUAGCUCGCCUUUCAAUAUCAAGUUUUGA